AUGCAGCGGUUGCCAUGGCUCACGUGGGAGUGCACGAUGCGGGUUACACCAAGGCGGCAGCAGCGUUGGAACGGUGGGCGCGAGCGUUCAGGUGGCGACGCAGAUCACGGUGCCGGGCGUCAGCCUGCCCGUCAGCUUCGACGGUGCAGGCGGGCCCUCCGCUGCUACACCCUUCCGCGGGCGGUGGCCAAGGCAGGGCGGGGCGUGCAGGUGUGGUGGAACGGGCUGGCGGGAGGAAGCAAGGGCAGCAGCAGCAAGGGUGCGGCGGCGUGCAAGCAGGUGCAGUUCUUUGCCAACCCCGCCUGCAAGGGCAAGGCGCUGGAUGAGGUGCUGAAGCCGCAAUACGCCGGCCUGCGCAAAUUCUUCAACAUGCCCAGCAAGAAGAAGGUCGCCCGAUGGACUUCUGUUGCCUGCCGUGCUGAGGAGGUCACUCACCAGUGUCCGACCAACACCACGUGGGGCAAGGAUGACAAGGGGGUUGAAGGCUGUGUGUGUGACAAGGGCUUCGUGUUGUCUGAAGAUGGAGAUGGCCGUUGUGUUGGUGCUUGUGAUUCUUGGGAUUGUGGGGAGAUCAGCCAUUGCGAGGUUGACAAUGGGGAGCCAGUUUGUUACUGUAACCGGGGUGUUAAGGUAGAUGGUGGUGAAGACUGUGAGAACCUAUACAGGGAGGACUCUUGA